AUGUCGGCAACGCGGCGAUUCGUCAACCACCCCGGCGCCAAGGAGGCGCCGGCUGCGGCCUUGGUCUACACGCCCGAGGAGAACCACAACCCGGCGCUCCGGGGGCUGCCGCUCGCCAUUGCCUCAAACAUCAUUUCACGUUCCGACUUUCUCCUCCGCUAUUUCUGGAGAAAUGCAAAGUUCGACCAGCCAAAGUACCUCCCAGGCAUUGGCAAGGCGCUGCGGAGGGCACAGCCCAAUGUCAUCCCCCUAGGAGAGGGUCCCUCCGCUCAGACCAUGCUCGAGCUAGGCCCGGAGCUGGGGACGCCGCAGCCAGCGGAUCUCGUCGGCCGCUUCCACUCAGUCGCCGACUACCACGAGCUCUACCGGUCGGGGGCGGCGACACCGCUGCAGGUGGCCGAGACGCUGCUGCCGCUGAUCCGGCGCGACAUCGAGCCGCAGUCAAAGUACGCCGUGGCGUGGCUGCAGACCAAUGUCGACGAGGUGCUCGCCGCGGCCAAGGCGUCGGCGGAGCGGUGGGCAGCCGGCGCGCCUCUGGGCCUCCUCGACGGCGUGCCCUUUGGCGUCAAGGACGACUGCGACGUUAGAGGCUUCGUGUCGACCAUGGCCUUGAGGAUCGACAAGUCUCUGCCGUACUUCAACACGCCGGCCACCGAGACUUGCUGGCCGGCGCUGAAGCUGCAGGAGGCCGGCGGCAUCAUGAUGGGCAAGAUGAACCAGCACGAGGCGGGCAUGGACACCACGGGGCUGAAUGUAACGACGGGGACGGCCACAAACUGGGCCAAUCCGUCGUACUACCCCGGCGGGUCAUCGUCGGGGGGAGCAUCUGCGGUGAGUGGCGGCAUUGUGCCCAUCGCCAUUGGAACUGACGCGGGUGGCAGCAUCCGCAUCCCUCCGGCCUUUUGCGGCGUGUACGGGCUCAAGCCCACCUACAACCGGACCUGCAUCCGGCAGUCGGCAGUGAGCGUCAUCGGACCGGCCAGCUCGACGGUGGCCGACCUGACGAUCGCGUACCGCAUCAUGGCGCAGCCAGACCCAGAAGACCCUGUGCGCAGCCAGUUCGGGCUGUCGACGCCACCCUCGGCGACGGCCAACGGGGGCAAGAAGUACCUGGGCAUCUGCCGGCCGUGGCUGGAGCAGUCCGACCCGGACGUGCUCCACGCGUUCGACCAAGCGGUGAAGCACCUGACGUCGGCGGGCCUGGGCUACGAGCUGGUCGACAUCCAGCUGCCCUACAUCCGCGAGAACGAGAUCGCGCACGGGGGCGCGUGCCUGACCGAGGCGGCCGAGGACGCCAAGGAGCGCGCGGGCCAGGCGUCCAACUGGCUGCAGUAUCUCAACUACGCCAAUCGCAUCACAGCGGGAGUGGGCGCACAGACAACGGCGGGCGACUACAUCAGCUACAGCCAGAUGCGGCACGUGGUGAUGCAGCACGUGGCCUUUUUGUUCGACAAGUACCCAGGCUUGCUCAUCGUGACGCCGACGACGCCGAUGGCGGGCUGGCCGAUCGAUCCCCGCGACCUCAAGUACGGGCUCAACGACGGCAACAAGUCGAUCCGCAACAUCAUGUACGUGUGGCUGGCCAACGCCACGGGCUGCCCGGCCGUCACGUGCCCAGCCGGCUACGUCAAGCCGGCGCAGGGUGAGGGCAACCUCCCCAUCGGCCUCAUGGCGACGGGCGAGUGGGGCGCCGAGGAGCAGCUUCUCGCCUUUGCGCGCGAUGUCGAAGCGUACCUCGACAAGUCGUACCCCGGCGGAAGGCAGCGGCCGGCGCAGUGGGCUGAUGUCUUGAGCACGGCCCGGGCCGGCAAGGCAGCGCCCAAGGGCGAGGCAGCUGGGACGGAGACGGAGUGA